UGUCUCUCUCUGUCCCUGUUUCGGAUAGACCGAGUGGCUGCCUGCUGGAUCUCUGCCUUCCCCUUUUCCUCUUUUUCCUCUGGAUAUGGAGAUCAAAGGCCCAGAGACUCCCAGCAUCCAACAGCAGAUGGAGGGCUUCUGUAGACCACCUGCAAGCCCAACUAACUCUCAUUCCCUGAGAGCACUGCAGCUUUUGGAGUAGUUUCCUCCAGAGUUUUCUCCCCCACCUGUGCAGAGGAGACCCCAGAAGUGAUACCUUAUUCCUGGUUAAUCUUCAUCUCUUUAAUUUCUCUUUCUCGCUGCAGCCUCGUCCUGUGUGCAAGAGCUACAGGCUCUGAACUCUAUCUCCUCCCCUUUUCUCUUUCAGCUGUCACUCUGUCUGUCACUCUCAGGAUAUCCCCUUCCCUCUUUCUAGGGUUUCAUAAUGCUUCAGGAUCUCAUUCAGUGGCAGGGCUGGAUUUCAUCCCACCGCUUUCUCCUCGUUUGAGAGCAUGGACGAGUAACGGGUGCAACUUCAGCAUGAACCAACAGCCAGGGGUCAUGGAAAUAAGCAAAGGUCACGGGCCGGCGCCUCACACAGCUUCAAACUUAACUUUAAAUAACUAAUUAGAAAAUAAAAACUAUUAACUUUUAGUACUGUUUUUAGCUGAGGCACAUUUCUGGGAGCAGGUUUUUUCUUUUUUGUAUGUGUAUUUCUGGGAUCUAUCGGAUAUACAGUCAUGGGAAAUGCAGCAGGGAGCAUGGAGGUACCUCAGGGGAAGGAGGGCAAGGCGGCGGCGGCCCCUCUGGGCUCCACGGGCUCCCAGAAACAAACCAAGGCGCAGAAACUCCCGAUGCCACCUGAAGAAGAGCUGGAGCGACGCUUCAGUGCCGUGCUGAACACGAUGAAUCUCCCUCCAGACAAGGUGAAGAUCCUCAGUCAGUAUGACAACGAGAAGAAGUGGGACCUGAUCUGUGACCAGGAGAGGUUUCAAGUGAAGAAUCCACCAUCGGCUUAUUUGGAGAAGCUGAAGAGUUACCUGGAUCACGGAGGAGUCAGUCGAAAGUUUAAGAGACGUGUCCAGGAAUCCACUCAGAUCCUUAGAGAGUUGGAGAUUUCCCUGAGGACCAAUUAUAUCGGCUGGGCUGAGGAGUUCCUGAACGAGGAGAACCAAGGCUUAGAUGUUCUUGUGGACUAUCUGUCCUUCGCCCACAGCGCUGUCACGUAUGACGCAGACUCUUUGGACAACGGCUCGCUGCCCGCAGACAAAAGCAAAGCUACGGACAAGUCAGCGGAGGAUCUGAGCAGAAGUGCCAGUAACUCGCCUACUCACAGUGCCUCGAAGGCCAGUAAGGCCUUCACAGUCAGGAAAGCCUUGAGGAGCUCUCGUGUUGUGAGUCAGACGGACGACGUUCACCUCUGCAUCAUGUGUUUACGUGCCAUCAUGAACUAUCAGUCUGGGUUCAACCUGGUGAUGAAACAUCCCUGCUGUGUCAACGAGAUCACACUGAGCCUCAACAACAGAAACCCGAGGACCAAAGCUCUGGUGCUGGAGCUGCUGGCGGCCGUGUGUCUGGUGAGAGGAGGCCACGACAUCAUCCUCUCCGCCUUCGACAACUUCAAAGAGGUGUGUGGAGAGAAAAGUCGCUUUGAGAAGCUCAUGGAGUAUUUCUGCAAGGAAGACAGCAACAUCGACUUCAUGGUGGCCUGUAUGCAGUUCAUCAACAUCGUGGUGCACUCAGUGGAAAACAUGAACUUCAGGGUCCACCUGCAGUACGAGUUCACUCGUCAUGGGCUGGACGACUACCUAGAGACGCUGAAGUUCACAGAGAGCGACAGACUGCUGGUGCAGAUUCAGGCCUAUCUGGACAACGUGUUUGAUGUGGGAGCUCUGCUGGAGGACGCAGAGACCAAGAACGCUCUGCUGGAGCACAUGGAGGAGCUGCAGGAACACAACACACAGUUGAGCAGCAGGCUUCAGGAGAGUGAGAGGGAGGCGAUGGAGAAAGUCUCCGAUUUGGAGAAGAAGCUCAUUCAGACCACAAAAGAAGUGGAGCUCCUGAAGGAGAGUCUGCGUGAGUCCUGCGCCCAGGUGACCCUCCUGCAGCAGCGGGAACAAGAGAGGGAGCUCGAGCGAGAGGGGGAGAGAGAGAGAGAGCGGGACAAGGACCGAUCCACCGAGGCCCUCAGGGAGCUGGAGGUUAAAGUCCAGGCUCUGGUGGAGCAGGGGCUGGUCCGAAUGGAACGCUCCCCCUCUGGACACCUGGACAUCCAGGUGGUCCCCGUCAUCCAGCAUGUGAUACAAAAAGCUAAAGAAGAAGCAGACUCCGGUAAUGACCACAAGGCUGAUGCCCCCCUCCUCUCUGAGGGUCCUCUGCAGUCAGCGACAGUGCAAGCUCCUCCUCCUCCACCUCCUCCUCCUCCGCCUCCACCUCCAGGCUCAACCAGAACUCCUCCUCCUCCGCCGCCACCACCACCAGCAGCUCCUCCACCCCUGCUGCCUGCUGCUGGAGGUGGUACGACCCAGACAUCAGGGGACGGGAGCUCAGAUUGUAAAACUAAAAAGCCCAUUCAGACCAAAUACUGCAUGCCGCUGUUAAACUGGCAGGCCCUCAAAUCCAACCAGGUGACAGGAACCAUCUUCAACGAGCUGGACGACGAGCAAGUCUUAGAGGAGCUCAACAUGGCGGCUUUUGAGGAGCAGUUUAAGACCAAGGCCCAGUCCACGCCUAUAAACCUGGGUACCCUCAAGAUGAAAAUGGCCCACAAGACCCCCAGUAAAGUGUCUCUAAUGGAGCCCAACAGGGCCAAAAACCUGGCUAUCACCCUGCGCAAGGAAGGAAUGGCUGCAUCUGAUAUCUGCUGCGCAAUAGAGACGUACAACCAGAGAGCUCUGAGCCUGGACUUCCUCGAGCUCCUGGAGCGUUUCAUCCCCACGGAUUACGAAAUGAAGCUCAUCCACAACUACGAGUGCGAGGGCAGGCCCCUGGACGAGCUCAGCGAGGAGGACCUCUUCAUGGUGCGCUUCAGCAAGAUCCCGCGGCUUUCCCAGCGCAUCAGCACUCUCACCUUCAUGGGCAAUUUCCCCGAGAGCGUCCAGCUCAUACAGCCUCAACUGAAUGCCCUCAUCGCCGCCUCGAUGUCGAUCAAAUCUUCCAGAAAGCUGAAGAAAAUCCUCGAGAUCAUCUUGGCGUUUGGAAACUACAUGAACAGCAGCAAACGAGGGGCAGCAUACGGCUUCCGCCUGCAGAGUUUAGAUUUGCUGUUAGACACCAAAUCUACCGACCGUAAGCAGACGUUGCUGCACUUCAUCGCCAGUAUCAUCCAGGAGAAAUACCCGGAGGUCCAGUCCUUCUACACAGAGCUGCACUUCCUGGACAAGGCGGCGCUGGUGUCUCUGGACAGCAUCCUGCAGGACGUGCGCGCUCUGGAGAGAGGCAUGGAGGUGACCAGGAGGGAGUUCUCUGUAGAAAAAGACAACCCGGUGCUGCAGACGUUCCUCAGCAACACGGAGCUGCUCCACUCGCUCAUAGCUGACGGAAAAACUGCCCAGGAUGUGUACGACUCGGCUGUGGAGUACUUCGGAGAGAACUCUAAAACCACUCCACCCUCCGUGUUCUUCCCUGUUUUUGUCAGGUUCAUCAAAGCGUACAAGCAAGCUGAGCAGGAGAACGAGCAGAGGAAGAAACACGUCCUGAACUGCGAAACGCCGUCAACUCCACCUAAACCUGAAGUCACUGGGAACAAGGUUCCUGUCACGUCCAAACUGCCUCAGAUGGAUCUGAUAGCGGAGCUGAAGAGGAGGCAGGUGUCUCCUCUGGUGAGGGAGGGGAAGGAUGGAGCCAUCGAGGACAUCAUCACAGAUUUAAGGAACCAGCCGUACAGACGGACAGACGCCGGCCGACGCAGCGCCAAGUGGAAACCGGGACAACAGCUCCACGUGUCCUCAGACAUCUCGCUCUGAAAGCUACAGACCAGACUGAAAGCUAGAAAAGCACAAAAGAUUAGACGUUUAAACUCACUGUGGCAACGAGCUCGCUCUCUCGCAUGUUUGAGAAUGCAGAGGUGAAAAUGUUUCCAACAGACACAAACACCAAUCUGAACAACUGAACACGGUCUGAUACAGCGAGGCACCUUUCUGAAUAAAGUAUGAAGCUGGAUGAUUGUAGAAACGCUCUGUGAUUUGAAUAAUCGAAUGUUAAAGAGAGUGAAUAUUAGCAGCACUUGAUGCUAACGACACUGGAUGUCUGCUGAGCUCGUUAAGACAAUUACAUGGAAGAGUGCUUCAUUAACGCGGCUCAGAGCGAGAAGUGACUCGAACGACGGACGGACCGCUCGUAAAUCAUUUUGAUAGCUUUCUUAAAAAUGCAUUUUAAAAAAAGACGUGAUUUUUAAUUGGUUUUAUUUUAAAUAGAAUAUUAAUCACCAUCUCUUUGUCCUCCAGUAGGUCUCUCAAAAUUUAGAUUUGUAAUAUAUUUAAAUUAUUUUUAAUACUGAAGUGUACGAAUGAGGAACUUCUACUCUGCUUCUGCAUUUCAACAAAUAAAACAUUUUAUACCGUU